UGUAGCAGGCGGAUCGGGAGGAGAAGUGUUGGAUCGGUCUCAGAAAGAGACAUGUUACUACUGAAACCCGGAGCACGAAGUCUUAAAGUCAUAUACCUGCUUUUGACAGUCGAAUGCAUACUGUGAGAGUCCGAGUGAGGAAUAGAAAUAAGUUUAAAGAUGUCUGUCAGUAAUCACGAAAACCGAAAGUCAAGGUCAAGCUCUGGGUCUAUGAACAUUCAUCUGUUCCACAAGACGUCACAUGCAGACAGUCUGCUUACUCACCUCAACCUCCUCCGCAAGCGACGGGUCUUCACCGAUGUUGUGUUGCAUGCUGGACAUCGGGCUUUCCCAUGUCAUCGGUUGGUGUUGGCCUCGUGUAGUCGCUAUUUUGAGGCCAUGUUCAGUGGUGGAAUGAAAGAGAGCCGUGACGCUGAGGUCAACUUCCAUGACUCUAUUCACCCAGAGGUGCUGGAGCUUCUGCUAGACUAUGCCUACUCCGCCCGGGUCAUCAUUAACGAGGAAAAUGCUGAGUCUCUGCUGGAGGCCGGCGACAUGCUCCAGUUCCAUGACAUCAGAGACGCUGCCGCAGAGUUCCUGGAGAAGAACCUGCAUCCGUCCAAUUGCCUUGGGAUGAUGCUUUUGUCCGAUGCCCAUCAGUGCCAGAGAUUGUACGAGCUUUCUUGGCAUAUGUGCCUGGCGAAUUUUGCUAAUCUGUACCACACAGAGGACUUCCUGAGCCUGCCAAAAGAUAAAGUCCAGGAGCUAAUUUUUAGCGAGGAGUUGGAGGUAGAGGAUGAAAGUAUUGUAUACGAGGCUGUUAUUGACUGGGUAAAAGCAGAUAUCGGGAGGAGACAUCUUGAUCUUCCUGACCUUCUGCGGUGUGUUCGCCUCGCACUGCUCCCGGAGACCUACUUGCUAAAGAAUGUUGCAUCUGAGGAGCUAGUCAUGGGGCACAAGGUGGGCCGUGAGAUUGUGGAAGACGCCGUCUGUUGCAAAAUGAAGAUUCUUCAGAACGACGGAGUUGUUACAGGCCUCUGCGCCCAACCCCGUAAGGUUAGCCAAGCCCUUCUGCUUCUAGGGGGCCAAACAUUCAUGUGCGACAAAGUUUACAUGAUUGAUCACAAAGCAAAGGAGAUCACACCCAAAACGGACCUCCCCAGUCCUCGCAAAGAGUGUAGCGCUUGUGCCAUUGGCUGCAAAGUAUACAUUACAGGUGGACGAGGGUCUGAAAAUGGGGCUUCAAAAGAUGUUUGGGUCUACGACACCUUGCACGAUGAAUGGUCCAAAGCUGCUCCAAUGCUCGUUGCUAGAUUUGGACAUGGCUCAGCAGAACUUGACCACAUCUUGUAUGUUGUGGGUGGACAUACAUCCAUUGCAGGAUCAUUUCCUGCAUCCCCAUCUGUGUCACUAAAACAAGUGGAACAGUACAACCCACAGUCCAAUAAGUGGACAUUAGUAGCGCCUCUUCGAGAGGGUGUGAGCAAUGCUGCUGUUGUUGGUGCCAAAAACAAGCUCUUUGCUUUUGGCGGGACUAGUGUCAACAGGGACAAGUAUCCCAAGGUCCAGUGCUUCGACCCCUGUGAAAACAGGUGGACUGUCCCCGCCACUUGUCCUCAACUCUGGCGUUACACAGCAGCGGCGGUUGUUGGCAACCAUGUUGUUGUCAUUGGCGGUGACACAGAGUUCUCUGCGAGCUCAGCUUAUCGCUUCAACAGCGAGACGUUCCAGUGGACCAAGUUUGGGGACGUCACUUCCAAAAGAAUCAGCUGUCACGCAGUGUCAUCGGGGAAUCGGCUAUAUGUGGUCGGGGGCUACUUUGGGGCGCAGAGGUGUAAAACCUUGGACUGCUAUGACCCCUCUACGGACUCAUGGGACAGCAUAACUAGUGUGCCUUAUUCACUUAUCCCGACAGCGUUUAUCAGCACCUGGAAGUACCUCCCAUCUUGACGAAAAUAUGUCCCUUAUUGGAUCUUUGGCGUUCUCUGGAAUGCUACGGAGUGAUCCCCCCCGUAAGGCUUUGGAAUGUUGGGGGAAGGGGAGGCGGUUUUCCUACUUCACAUUCACAUGGACUUUGCACUGGAAACCAAGCCUUAGGUCAGGGUAAAUGACGGAAGGGGAUCCACGGCAACCGGAGCCUAUCCCAGCUCACUUCCCUUUGCCACAGCAACAUCACAGCAAAUGUUCUGCCUGUAGCCACCAAUGCAAAAACACUGUAAACAGAUGUGUACAUAAACUUUAGACUUUAUUUAGGUUCCACUAUUCAAGGGUGCAACGGCUUUAGUUUGCAUUUUAAACAUCUUGCUCACUCACAUGGAUCCUUUGCAUUCAUAAGUCAAUCAUUAACUCUUGCCUCUUGGUACUAAAAUUAUUACAUUGGACUAUUCAAAACACUUCCUGCAUCUGAACUGUAUUCUGGUUUAGAGGUAUAACCGAUAUAUCGGUGAUUAAUCGGUACCGAUAGUUCCUUUUUAAAACUAUCGGUUAUUGGCAAAAAUUCCCCAUUGUGUUUCGGGCUUGUUUAUACUUAAAAAUUCCACAUUAUGCCCCAAAUCUUAAAGUUUUCUGGUUAUUAUUAGGAUUUUGGUUGAACAAAAACUGAAUCUGGGAUUUUAUUCAUUUUGGAAUCUUAUUAUUAUCCCGCCAUUAUAAAGAAAAAUACGUUUUUAUAACAAUCUAUAACCGAUUAAUCGGUUAUCGGCAUUUCCCAUCACCGUAGUUAUCGGUAUCGGCAAAAUGACUAUCGGUUAGGGUUGUGAACCGUUCUUCGUUACUUUCGGUUCCGUUUUCCACCAGUUUUCCACCGAUGUGGCCGGAACACCGUCCUUAAAUACUCUAGCAGCGCAUCUCUGCAGCAGCGCUGCCCUCGACUGACUCUACAGCAUAUAAAACACAGUUCUACCAGUGUAUUUAAUUCCCAAUCGAACGAGCCUCAAACCGGCUAUUUUUAAAGCGCGAAACAUAGGCGCUUCCGGUACAGUUCGAUUCCCAACAUAAUUAUUCAAAGGAGCCAGUUCUUUUCAAUCAACAGCACAAAACGUAUGGUGCUUCCGGUAUAGUCCGAUCCCGAAAGAACCAUUCCAAUGUAUAAUUAAAGAUACACAAGUUUGGUUGUAAUAAGUGGAAUUUUAUACAAUUAUUAAUGAAUUAAUGAAAUAUACCAUCACAUUUCGUGUUGGUUUAGAUUUCUUUAUUUAAAAUAGUGUAAGGAUCUAUUAUUGGAUUGUAUUUAUGUCUUUAAAAAGUCUGCAAACACACCUUUUACAAGAACUGUAUUAAACGUAUUUCUGAUUUUUUAUAUCGGUAAAUGGUCUGCACUUAUAUAGCGCCUUUUUAACCUUAGCGGUAUUCAAAACGCUUUACACUGCUUCUCAUUCACACACACACACACCAAUGACUGCAGAUGCCAUGUAAGGUGCUAGCCUGUAAUUGGGAGCAACUUGGGGUUCAGUGUCUUGCCCAAGGACACUUCGGCAUGUGGAGUCAUGUGGGCCGGGAAUCGAACCGCCAACCCUGUGAUUAGCAGCCGACCCACUCUACCACCUGAGCCACAGCCGUUCCAUAAACAGAACGCAGAGGGUAGUUAAUGCAAUUAGAAUUGCAAUUCUCAUUUCUAAGGUACUAAAAGAAUUACCGAAAUCGUUAAGAGGAUCGAAAUCGUAAAAUUCCUUACGAUUCCCAACCCUACUGACAAUCGACCUCUAUUCUGGUUAUCAUAGUAAUAGCCUGACUGAACAUAUAAAACCAGUCAAGAUUAUAUUUGGGUAAUUAAUAUUAAUUAAUAUUAAUAUUAAUAAUAAUUUGUGGGAAAAUGUAAAAAAAGCUGCAAUGCAAAAGAUCCUAGUUUUCUUUAUGCAAUAAAACAAUUGAAAAGUACGAUUUCUUUCAAUCUUUAGGUAAAAGAAUACUCGGACAUGUUUCCGACUAUUAAAUAAAGCGUUGUUUACAAUGUGAAUGACAUUUAUUGAAAAGCUUUGACUCAAACAUUGUUUAAACAAAGUUUUUGUUUUACAAUCUCUCCUCAGUGUACAAAAAUCUAGCUAACUUUAUAAUUGUGGUUGCCGUACAUGUAGCUUUAAUGAUUUACUAUGGUUGUAUGUACAUUUGUGAUAUUUUAUUAUGUAGAUUUUGCACAUUUUCUUAAGACGCUGUCCUCCUUGUUGAACGCUCAUCUCAUAAGGGUGUUUUUCUGAAAAUGUUAGACAUUAGAAUGUGUUGCCCGAGGCCAAAGAAAGCAGCACAGAUUUAGACAUGUUACCAGCUAAAAGUUGCAUUUGCAAGUUUGUUAUUUUGUGUUGUUAAAUGUCUUAAUUUGUUGUUUAAGUGAACAAGUGUACAUUUUAAUAUUUUUAAUAUCACUGUUUUUAGCAUAUUUUUUAAGGUUGCCUUUUUAACAUGAUUUGAUUUAACGCCAAAUAUAAUGUCUUUCUAACUUCUUCCAGUAAGACAAUAAUGUUUUUUAAAUAAAAUAUGUCUGUG